AUGAUAACUGUCGCUGUAUUUGCUGAUCGAUAUGAUUCUCAAGCAAGCUUUGGAUCUUCUGCUUCAUCUUCUUAUCUUCGAAAGUUAAUUAAUCGAAAUGACGUGGCACGUGAGCGUGAAGUAAUCCCUCGCAUUAUGAAAAUCUACCAUUAUGAUAAUUUGACGGACUGUGAAGCAGUUUGUGAAAUUCCCUGUGGCACCACGUAUGUGAUCCGAAAUGACGUAGAUGAGCGACGUCAAUUUAUCUGUACACAGCGAAAAGUGCCUGCUGUCUCAGCAUUUAUCACUUUCAGUAACACAGGCAUCAUCCCAAUAAUUAUGUUAAUUGCUCUGAUCCUAUUUGGUUUACUACUCAUAACUUGCUGUUGUUGCAUGCGCUGCGGUUGUGGCUGUGGUUGCUGUAGGAAAGCAUGUCAGUCUAGUAAUUCAUCGAAUGAUCCACUAGUAAACGGAGAAUUCCGUGAGGUGUUGGAUUCUAAGGAUAUUGGGUAUCUGAAGAAGGAAACUGCAAGGAAGAUAGUCACUGUUUGA